AUGACACUCCUCAUUCUCCUUCUUUUGUUGUCACUUACCACAAGUAAAUUUCUUCGAGAGUGUGCGUACAUAGACUCUGAAUGUAAAGUAAUGGUUGGUUGUGAAUACUUUGAGAUAGGGAGUUGUUUGGUUCGUACUGAAGUCGUGAAGAAGUCGAACAUCACAAACUUUAUUUCUUUCAAAUACACUGUAGAUGAGAAGACAAUUCGUACGGAUAUGUACAAUGGCGUCUCCGACUGUUCAGUUGCUGACAAGAAGUACCACAUGAGUGACUUGACUCCGCUUUCCUUGGGGAAGUGUGUUGAUUCAAAACAGCAAGGCUUCAAAGAGAUAAUGGAUGUGAUUGAAAGUCUGGAAACUGAUGAUAAAAAACCGAUUGCGUAUUUUACAAAUUCGUCUCUUGGAUUAGAAGAGAAAGGCGAGUGUAAAGGAGUUUCUGUGAUUGAAGGGAUGUAUAGGGGGUGUACUGUCUUCCCAGACAACACAUCUGCAAUGUACAGAAUUCAUAACGGCGAUCUUUUGUGUGAAUCUUUCAGUGAUGAUAGAUGCAUGAAAUUUAAAGACAUUAUUCUUAAGCAAAAGUGCGAGACAUGUUUCACUGAGAAAUUACAGGACGACACUUUCCAGUAUAGAAAUUUGCAUUGUGGACUCAAUUUUCUCAAGAAAGACCAGAAAAAGGUCGAACUUUGA